AUGUGGACGGCUGGCGCCGCCCAUAUCGUGGCGGAGAUCUGCCGCCAGGUAACCCCUUCCCCACUAGCUGCCGAGCUUGGCCGCUCGGUCCUGCCCUGGACGGCCCACGAUGACGCCUGGCUGUUUCCUGCUGCUCCUGCUUCCAGCUCUGCAAAGGGCGAUGCUAGAGCUGGAAGCAGGAGAAGCAGCAGCAGCAGCUGUGCUGGUGACUCUGGUACAGCGUUUACUCGUGCUCCUGCUGGUGAUGCUUCUGCUGCUGCUGCUGCUGCUGCUGCUGCUGCUGCUGCUGGUGCUGGUGGUUUGAGCAUGGGUCGGAUGAGGAUGAGGAGAAGAAGUACGAGCCUUGAAGCUGGUGUGCGGGAGGCAGCAGCAAGCGGGCGGCAUGCCACAGAAAGUGGGCGGUAUUCAUCAGCAAGUGGGCGGCAUGCCACAGAAAGUGGGCUGCAUGCCACAGAAAGUGGGCGGCAUGCCACAGAAAGUGGGCGGCAUGCAGUGGCUGAAGGUGGAAGGCAGAGGAGGGGUGGUGCUUCCACUCAGAGAUGGAGUAACGGGGAAACGGAAAGAGAGAUGGAUAUGGAGGAAUGGAGAGUAGGAGGGGCUGGUAGGGAUGACGAGAGGGAGGCAUGGAGGGAGGCGUGGAGGGAAGCAGGGCGGGAGGCAAGGAGGGAAGCGUGGGGGGAGGCAAAGAGUGAAGCAGGAAAGGAUGCAGGGGGUGGGGAGGAGCAGGAGGGUGGGAGUGAGGAGUGGGGAGCAGAGAAAAAGGGGAGAAGUAAGCGAGGGGGCAGCAAGAAGCAGAGGAGUGCGAGUGAGGGGCGUGUGGGGAUGGAGCGUGCGCGUGCAGCUAUGGGGGAAACUGAUCAAGGAACAGCUAAUGACAACAACCAUUCCCGGGACCUCGUGCACCUUGCGGCCCAGGCGCCCUUGGCCCAGCAGCGGCUCGUGGCGGCUCACUCAGGCCUGGUGCGCUCCAUUGCUCGCCGCUUCUUCGGCCACGGGGUGUCCCUCUCCGACCUCUACCACGCGGGAGUGACAGCCCUGCUGCGAGCAGCAGCAACCUACAACCCCUCCUUUGCCUCCCCAGCCUCAGACCUUUCCACACGGCAACCCAGUGCGACCAAAACCACCCAUUCGAGAGCACGAGGGGAGGAGAAGGAGGAGAAGGUGGAUAAGGGGGAUAAAGGGGAGAAGCGGGAUAAGAAGGAGAAGGAGGGUAGGGUGAAGGCAUGGCAGGAGGACGAGUAUGGUAUGAGGAAGGGGCGGCUGUGGGCUCUGCCUGGGCUAAGGAGGAGAGCUGGAGUGGAGAUUGGACGGGAUGAGGCAGAGAGGGGGAGAGGGGGUGUGGAGGGUGGCAGGGGAGAGGGUGACGGGAUGAGAGGACAAGAGGAAGGGGAGGGGUUGGGCCAAAGGGUGUGUGAAGGGCCAGCUGACACUACACAGAUGGCGAUGCAGGAGGAGAAGGGCCUUGCAAUCGACUCAAAUGAAGAGCAGCGAGAGGUGGUAGAGAAGGAGGAGCAGCAGCAGCAGCAGGCAAUGUCGUUCUCAUCAUGGGCCAGCCGUCUCGUCUAUCAGACCCUCCAGCAGGAGGUGUGGCGCCGGUCGCCAGUCUUCUCCUUCCCACGCUACGCCUACUUUCAGUACGCUGAGAUUUCGGCUGCCUAUGCUUCAUUCCGCAAGCAGCACGCCCGGGAGCCCACCCUCGCAGACCUCUCAGCUGCCACCAGCCUCUCGCCCCAACGGAUUGUGACUGUAUCGAGGGCUAUGAGGCGAGUGAAGAACCCGCUCUCCUUUGACGUCUCCUCCCUGCCCAACCGCACGCACACUGAGACAUUCUCCUCUGACAAGUCGGACCCCUGGCAGCAUCUACUCGACUCAGAGCACCUGGUCCUCCUCUCACAUGCUCUCUCCUCCCUCGACCCCCACCGCCGCCUCGUGAGUGCACAUUGA